CCGCGAUUGCACACCCACCGCCGGUUACGUGCGCCUCGAUCGCCACCGCAACAAGCCGCAGCAGCAGCGACAGACCGAUCGACCCCGUUUCCUUGCCGGAGCACCGCCGGGGAAGGCGAAGAUGUCGUGGCAGACUUACGUGGACGAGCACCUGAUGUGCGACAUCGAGGGCCACCACCUCGCCUCCGCCGCCAUCCUCGGCCACGACGGCACCGUCUGGGCCCAGAGCGCCGACUUCCCGUCGUUCAAGCCGGAGGAGAUGACCAACAUCAUGAAGGACUUCGACGAGCCGGGGACCCUCGCCCCGACCGGGCUGCUACUCGGAGCCGCCAAGUACAUGGUCAUCCAGGGUGAACCUGGCGCCGUCAUCCGCGGCAAGAAGGGCGCGGGAGGCAUCACCCUGAAGAAGACCGGGCAGGCGCUGGUGGUCGGCAUCUACGACGAGCCCAUGACCCCGGGGCAGUGCAACCUGGUGGUGGAGAGGCUGGGCGACUACCUGGUAGAGCAGGGCAUGUAGACGACGACGACCACGCCACGCCGCAGCAACAACAAUACUACCGGCCAAAAGACACAGUAGAUCUCCACGCGUUUUUUCUAGCCGCCGCGCACGCAUAUGGGAUUGUGGUUCAAUUUCUCUCGCAUCCUCCUCUCAUUAAGCCUCUCUCCCUGUCCCGGCAACUACUCCGCCGAUUACCACCCCUCUUGAUUGAUCCGCGAUAUUUUUUUCCCCUUGUUUCAUGAUGAUGAAGCCGUUCGUUUCGGCUAAUAAUUUUGAAUUUUUUCUUCUACCUAUCGUUUUGGUCAUUUGGGUUGCCGUUUGAGUUGUGGAUCCGGAACAAUAUAUAUAUGUGAUUGCCAUUGGUUUUGCAAUAUACGAGAAUAUUUAUGUGUA